AUGGUUCCCACGAUUACAAUGCUUCUCUUGCUAUUUCUGAUCUUGGACUUGGCUCAAGGCAUCCUCGUACACACCGGCAAUGGGACACUUCCACUUCCGCUUCCAAUUUAUGACUACAUCGUCGUUGGCGCCGGCAUUGGAGGUCUCGUCGUUGCCAACCGCUUGUCGCAAGAUCCAAGAGUCACAGUUCUGGUGAUCGAGGCUGGUCCACUCGACGAUAGGAGUACCCAGGUCGAGAUACCCGGUUUCAUUGGCUUCGAGAACCCCCAACGCUACGAUGCCAAUCUGACUACUGCCACCCAAGAAUUCCUGGGCAACCGGACUCUGCCUUUCGGACAGGGUAAGGUCGUCGGGGGUAGCACUAUCCUCAAUGGUCUCUGUUGGACACUGGGCUCGAGAGCCAACUUUGAUGCCUGGGAAGCUCUAGGUAACCCAGGCUGGGGCUGGGACGGUCUCUUGCCCUAUUUCAUGAGAUCUGAGAAGUAUGCCAUCAACGGCGAUAAAACUCUACGAGAAGGUCAGCAUACCCAAUUCCAGCGCUUUGGACAUGGUUUCGACGGCACAGUCCAGAUCUCGUAUCCGAAUUACUUCUACAAUCAGUCUCAAUCUCCAACUAACUCCACCAUCCGUGACAACAGAGAAAUUCCUGGAUGGACUCCAGCAGCUUGGCAUGCCUUCAACGAAGAUCCAAACCAAGGAUAUGUGACUGGUGCCUCCGUCAUACCAAGCAGCAUGUCUGCAGACAACCAGUCGCGCUCCGAUGCCCGCACGGCGUAUCUUGACCCAGCUAAUUCGAGACCAAAUCUGCACCUGCUGACUCAAACCACGGCGACACGCAUCCUCCAUAGCGAUGCGCCUUUCCGGAACUCAAGCUUCAUUCCGACCAUGAAAGGCACAUCGAUAAGCGGAGUUGAGUUUGCCGAAAAUGCCACCGCGAUUAGGCGUGUUGCAGUUUGCAGGAAAGAGGUCAUUCUCGCAGCAGGGGCUAUCUUCUCGCCUAUUUUGCUUCAGAUUUCGGGUUUUGGGCCUCGUGACGUGCUUCGUAAUCUGGGUGUUGACAUGGUCGUUGACAUCCCGGGUGUUGGGAGAAAUCUUCAGGAUCAUCCGAUGGUUCAGAUUCUCUACAACUACACGAACCCUGCUGAUCUCCUCACGGCUGAGAAAAUACACCACAAUGAGAGUCUCAGGGACGCUACGUUGAACGAGUAUGCUGCAAAUAGAACAGGCCCUUUUACAUCUCCAAUGGUUGACGUAGUUGCCUUUCCUGCUCUGAAGUGGUUGCUGAAUGAUACUGAGUUCGCGAGCCACGUCGCGAAGGCCAAAUCAAACGACACAUUGCAUCUACCUGAUGGCUACGACGACUCCCUCAUUGAAGGAUAUAUGGACCAGCUAUCAGUUCUUCUGCCCUUGCUGUCAGACAAUGGAUCCGCCGUUUAUGAACUCAUGUCGACUUCGUGGGGACAGCUCUCCGUCAGCAACAUGCAACCCUUCUCGCGGGGGAUCGUCCAAGCGGCCUCGCCAUGUAUCUUCCGCAACACACCGCCCAUCAUCGACCCUCGUUACUGCUCACACCCGCUUGACUGCGAUAUCGUAGCCCUUGGAUUGCGACUCAACUCACGACUAAUACAAACUCCGUCCAUGGCCGCACUGAAGCCUGUGCCCCAAGUUGGCUUCGGUCCAGAUGAGGUGUCAAAUGCAACGGCGCUCGACGACGCUCUCCGCGCGCAGAUCAAGACUGAAUUCCACCCUAGCGGUACCACGGCCAUGCUACCAAGGGGUAAGGGUGGUGUGGUCGAUCCGUCGCUCAGAGUCUACGGCACGAAGAACUUGAGAGUCGUAGAUGCCGGGGUCAUGCCCUUGAUCCCUGGGGCACACAUACAAGCCGCUAUCUACGCCAUUGCCGAAAAGGCUGCGGAUAUAAUCAAGAUGGAGAACUCGAAUUCUCCAGGAGUAGUGCCACCUAUUCCCGGUGCGACUCCCACCUUGACGUAA